AUGUCGUCUCAGCUUAUCCAAAGAAUUUUUCAAGCGGCUGAAAAAGCUGAAUUUUCUUUGAAUAUUUUUGUAUGGUUAAAGAAUCAUCAAAGACCCGUUUUAGUAAAUGUUUCAUCUAACAAUUCCUUAAGAGUUUUAAAAGCGUCAGCUCUGAAGGAACAACGCGUUGUAUGUAGCACGUUUGAGAGUGAUGUUGUUGAAUCAAUAUUUUUCAUUGCCUCAAUCAGAAAUAGAUGCUUAUGCUUUGAAGUUGUAGAAAAAGGAAGGGCUUCUCAAAAAAUUAAAAAAGAAAGAAAUGCACUUAGCAAAAAACAUAGAUUUAAAAAGAUGGAAAUUUUAAUUGUUUUGAGGUGUUCAUCACUAUGUCGCUAUAUUGGUGGAAGGCUUCUGCUUAGUGGGUGGCCUAAGGCUCGGACUCUUUUGAACUUCUUCAAUCCGGACCUGAGUACUUCUAUAAUGAAUACAGCAUGCUUGGAAGAUUUUGAUCGCAUCAAAACCAUUGGAACCGGAUCUUUUGGUAGAGUGAUGCUAGUGCAGAAAAUUGAUGAUGAGACCUACCACGCUAUGAAAAUCCUUGACAAACAAAAAAAAAAAAAUAUGGCUAAUCCUAAUAUUAAUAUACAUAUGGGUCAAGUCAUAUCUGAAAGGAAGGAAUAUGAAAAGACUCCUCAACGUUUGUUAGUAAAAAUUUGA